GCCCACUGGAUGUAGCCCGACUCGGCCAUUUCACCCCAGGCAGAUGUUCUAACUGUUCUCUACGAGGAAAAGAGGAAACAAAGCGACAAGAGAUAUAAAUUAAUAUUUGGUUAAGUUAAAGCACAGGCCGGGGAAUAUGGGGAACCGGGUGCCGCGUCAGGAUUACGAAUGGGUUUAUACAGACCAGCCACAUGCCGACAGGAGGAAAAAGAUUCUCGCCAAACAUCCAGAGAUAAAAUCCCUCAUGGGACCUGACCCAAGGCUAAAAUGGAUUGUCUGCAUGAUGGUAGCCAUCCAGUUCCUGGCCUUUUACCUCGUGAAGGAUUUGGAAUGGAAGUGGGUCCUGUUUUGGACUUACGCGUUCAGCAGUUGCAUAAACCACUCCAUUACUUUAGCCAUACACGAAAUUUCCCAUAACACGGCAUUCGGCAACAAUCAUGCGAAAUGGAAUCGCUGGUUUGCCAUCUUUGCCAACUUGCCCUUUGGACUGCCAUACUCGGCCUCGUUCAAGCGCUACCACCUCGACCACCACCGUUAUUUAGGUGGGGAUGGCGUGGACGUGGACAUCCCAACCAACUUUGAGGGAUGGUUCUUUUGCACUCGCCUUCGCAAAUUCAUUUGGAUUAUUCUUCAGCCGCUGUUCUAUGCAAUCCGACCUCUGUGCAUCAACCCAAAACCCAUUACUCAGUUGGAGGUCAUUAACGUAGUCAUACAGUUUACAUUUAACAUUCUCGUCUAUUGGAUGUUGGGCACCAAGCCUUUGUUUUACAUGAUGGCUGGCUCCAUGUUGGGAAUGGGCCUUCAUCCUAUCUCUGGACAUUUCAUUGCCGAGCAUUAUAUGUUCCUCAAGGGCCAUGAGACCUACUCUUACUACGGAUCGCUGAAUCUGCUCACCUUCAAUGUGGGCUACCACAACGAGCACCAUGACUUCCCCAGCAUCCCUGGACGAAGGCUUCCUCUGGUGAAGAAAAUAGCACCGGAAUAUUACGACGAUCUGCCGUGUUACACAUCAUGGUUGCGAGUCCUCUACGACUUUAUCAUGGAUGACGAGCUAAGUCCAUACUCGCGUGUGAAGAGGAAGCUGAAGGGAGACCUUAAGUUGGAGUGAGCGGGUUUUCCUUGACCAAAAAUGAUUGCCGAGCCUCAGACAUGCACACACGCCCCCACCUACUAACCCUUUCAGCAACACAGCUGGGGACUAAGUUGUGUAUGUGAGCGAACAAAGACUGGCUAUAUUUUGUGUGUGCUUGUAAUUGAGAAAAUGGUAUUUUUAUCUGAAUCAUUUCAAAACAUGUCUUCAAAGUCUGUUGUGGAAAAUGGGAUCCAUUUGCCCUUUGUGCUUGGGUUUUCACACACUGCAGCUUUGUUGUACACAAUUAUGUUUGUCUAGGAAUUUUCAAAGUCACUGCACAUUUAAUUUUUUGCGUGAUUUUUGUUUGUUUGUUUGUUUUCCUUCACUUUAACUGUUUUUUAAUAUAUAUAUAAUUUUUUUCUUAAAAAUAAAACCUCAAUACUGCUAAAGUAAUUCCAUAAAAAAAGUAAAAAAAAGACCAAAACAAAUCUGAUCAGGAACGGCUCGCAGAAGAAAUUUUUGCUGCAACCUGACUCACCUUGUUAGAACUAUAUGGAAGUGACCACGUCCUGCUUUCAGUGCUUAUCUUAUUAUGUCUAUGCAUUUAAAAAAAUAUAUUUUGUCUUAACAUGAGGAGUGUGCACUGAAGGUGUAGUCUGGUAUAAGUUCUUUCUGACCGAUAACUUAUCACGAAUAUUUAUUUUUAGUGUUCAGAGAGUCAGUGACCUUGCCUCACAGAACAGUCCUGACGUUGCGCUGAUUCAACAAACGAAGCCGUGCGAUCACGUGUAAAUGAUUUGUAAUGUUGGACGUGAAGACAUCCAAUGGAUUGGAGAAAUGUUACUGCUCUGUGACUAUAGCCAUCCUGCACUUUACAGUUUUGAAUUAGUCAGCUUCAGCUUUAAUCAAACAUAACUGUUUACCUGUAAAAUGUUUUUACAAGUGUCUUUUAACAUGAUGUCAUAAUGUCAGUGGGACUGUUAGUUCAUUAAGAAACACAUAACGGCUUCUGAUUCAAGCACUGUGCAUUUGGUCAAGGUUAAGUCACUCAAGCAUAUUAAAGUUAUUCCAAUUAAUGCCA